GAUCCUCCAAAUAGUAUCCCUCCUCAUUCCCCUUCUUUCGAAUCUUCCUCCGUCUUCUUCCUAAAUUUCUUCUUCUUUCAUCAUUAUCGCUGCUUCCAUUGCUUUCGCCGCCGCCGCCGCCGCCACAGCCUGCGUUCUUCAAACCCUAAAUUAUUCGGUAAUACAUUUAGAAAAUGGACGCAAAAGCGAAAUCAAAAGCAUUGUUUCGAGCAAAAUUGAAUGCACAAAAGCAGGAAAAGCAGCGAAUUGAUUCUCCUUUUAUUAGGUAUGAGCAUGACCAACCUGUAUGUAAAGUUUGUGAUGUUGUCAUCAAAUCUGAAUCACUUUGGCCGGCUCACCAAGCUUCUCGUAAGCACCACGAGGCUAUUGAAAAGUUUAAAGCCAUUGCUGCUGCUGCAAACCGGCCAAAUAAUGCUGUGUCUGCUAAGGCGGUGCAAAAGUCCAAACCUGAGGCAGCUAAAGAGUUGCCAAAGCCUAAAUCUAAGUCAUCUGAAGAGUUGAAUGACAAUUCUGCACCUUCAUCCGUGUUGCCUUCACAUCAUUCUUCUAAUCUUCCUCCAGAUUUUUUUGAUAAUCAUGACACAAAGAGGCAGAAAGCUGGAACUGAUUCUGGACCCAAGUCUGAUUUUGUUCCUGCAAGAACUCAAGCUGAGGCGGCAUUUGUAUCAGGGAUUGAGACUGACAGAUCAUCCACAGCCACAACCAUGCCUUCGAGAAGUCGUGAAUUUCAGGAAUCCGAUGAACCGGUUUCUAAAUCUACCACUGGUUCUGAAGCUAAACAAGCCAAAGGAGCACUUCCUGAAGGCUUUUUUGAUGAUAAAGAUGCUGAUUUACGUGCACGGGGCAUUACGCCUGUAAAGCCUGAUGUAAAGGACGAAUACAAGGAGUUUGAGAAGUUAAUUCAAGAAGAUUUAAAGGAGGUGGAUAACCGAUUGGAGGAAGAAGAGUUUGAUGCUGCUGAAAUGAUUGAAGAGGAGGAGACAGUGGAGCAAAGGGCUUACAAAGAGAGAGUGGAAACAUUAAGACGGAAGAAGCUGGAGCUUAGAGCUUCCAAGUCUGCAGCAGAAACUGUGGUUAAGAAAAUCGAAGAAUCCAAUCAUGGAAAUGAAGAAUCUUCGUCGAGUGAUGAUGAAGGAGAUGAUGUGAGUUUCAAAGUGGAUUGGCGAUCGAAACAUCUUUAAAUAAAUCCGAGGAAAUCUGACCUGUAGCUGUUUUCGAUACAACGGUAACACUUGCUGCUAUUGGUAGGUAAGUUUGUUCCAAUUAAUAUAUAGCUCAUAAAUUGGGAGUGUGAUUUAUAUUACCUGGACAGAAAUGCAACUAUAUGUUACAUUACAUUGCAUAUGGUAAUGCAAGAGUGUUACUAGAA